AUGUGCUCACAGGACCACGCCACCUGUGCUUGUGUGCGCUGCCAGGUCGUCAACUGCGUGGGCCUGCUCAAUUACAAGUUCUUCCUCCAAUUCCUGUUCUACACUUUGCUGGCCUCUUGCCUGGCUAUCGCGCUGAUGGUCCAGCCUAUGGUGGCGUUUGUCACAGGAACAGAUUUUACUGGCGCCCCGGGGCCGUUCAUUGUGGUGGUGAUGGACGGCGCCUUCGCCGCGGCGCUGAUAGGGUUCCUAGGCAUGCACUGGCAGCUGCUGGCGCACGGCUGCACCACCAUAGAGAUGUACGAGAAGGAGCGCGCCAACCCUUGGCCUUACGACCGCGGCUUCCGGCGGAAUUUCGAAGACGUCAUGGGCCGCAGCAUGCAGCCCAACGCGCUGACUGCGGCAGCAGCGAUCUGCCCGCGUCUGCGGGACAGCAUCCUGAGCCGCGCCGCCAUCGCCGAGCAGAUCCUCCUGCAUGACACAGACGCCGGUACCAUCAUCACCCGCCUGCAGCCCGCCCUCGCCGCGCCCAGCGCCGACUCGCCGGCCGCCGCCGCCGCCGCAGCUGAGACUCCCGCACUCUCCUCGCCGCGUGGCGCCGGCCAUAGCCCGCGCCACGGCCACAGCCGCGGAGCCCGGCAGCCGUCCCACGCGCGCCCGCCAGCCGGCUUAGGCGCGCUCGAGCUGGUCGUCGGCUGGGCGGAGCUCGAGCAGCUGCUGCUCGAGCAGCUGCCCGCCGGGACCGUGGAGUGGGGCUCGCGCGUGACCCGGCUGCAGGAGGACGCGCAGCACGUGAGGCUGACGGUCGGGCGCAGCGGCGACAGCGGCAGCAGCGACAGCAACGGUGGGGGUGAGGGCAGCAGCGAGGCGGGAGUCAUUAUUAUUGAUGCGGAGGUGGUUGUGGCGGCGGACGGCGCGCUCAGCGCGGUGCGGCAGGCGUGCGUCGGCGGGGCGGAGAAGGCGGAGUUCCAGGUGAGCCUCGGGCUGGGUAAAGGCGCGGGGGCGCGCUUGAUUGGGGGGGGGGGGGCGGCGGCGCGCAUCUAUUGA